UAGCAUCUGCCUUUGCUCUGCACCUGCACUGGUUCUUCCGCCUUUCUUCCAGUUGGGCGGACGCUCUUUCGAAGGGUGACGGAGGACGCUUCUACAGCUUGUCAUGGCCUACCCGGGGUACGGAGGAGCGUUCGGAAAUUUUAGCGGUCAGAUGCCAGGAAUGCAGAUGCAAACGGGACAGCCUGUGCCUGGAACAGGGCCAGACCUGUACCCUGGUGGACACCCAGCAUAUUCUGACAGUUACUCCUCAGCCGGAGACCCCAUGUGGACAUACUUCACCGCCGUUGCUGGACAGGAUGGUGAAGUGGAUGCUGAGGAACUUCAGAAAUGUUUGACACAGUCCGGAAUUAGUGGAACUUACUCUCCCUUCAGUUUGGAAACCUGCAGAAUUAUGAUCGCCAUGUUGGAUAGAGAUUACACAGGAAAAAUGGGAUUUAAUGAAUUCAAAGAACUUUGGGCAGCUCUUAAUGCCUGGAAGCAAAACUUCAUGACUGUUGAUCAGGACCAAAGCGGCACAGUGGAACAUCAUGAAUUGAAUCAAGCCAUUGCUGCUAUGGGUUAUAGGUUGAGCCCUCAGACAUUAACUGCUAUUGUUAAACGGUACAGCAAGAAUGGCAGAAUCUUCUUUGAUGAUUAUGUGGCUUGCUGUGUGAAGCUUCGAGCACUGACAGAUUUCUUUAGGAGAAGAGACCACUUGCAGCAAGGGCUUGUGAAUUUUGUGUAUGAUGAUUUUUUGCAGGGUACGAUGGCAAUUUGAGUGUCUAGAAUUUGAAAGCUGAAGAAAUACUGUGAAUGUUUUUGACCUGGAAGAAAUGAACUGGACUACUUUGAAUUUAAUGCUUUUUGGGCUUUGCCAUGCUUGUCCCUUGUUAUAGGUCUGUUCCCUUUCUAUGUGGUUUUACCUUAAUGCAUAAUUCAAAGCCAUACAAGAAAUGUUUUUGUAUUGGAACAGUAUUGCUUUUAGAAAAGCUACCACUUAACGGAUAUUUGUAUAGUAUCCUAAAACACUGGUUUAUGAAGAAUUGAUGUAAAUACCUUUUAGCCUUAAUUUUUAACAUUGUAAACCCAGAAGAAUGUAUUUACAAGAUAGAUUAUAUAAGAAGCCAAAUAAUGAAAGCCUAGAUGAAGCUAAUGUAUACUUACCUGAAGGCUACAAAUUAUACUUUGAAUUUUUUCUUUGUGGCUGUUGGUUUGGAAGGUGAGCUAGAAGAAGAAGUUUGGAUUUUGUGCCAUAUUUGUAGAAGGGCUUCUUUAUUCCUUCAACACAUAAUUUAAGAACAGAAACUCACUGGUCUUUGCCUAAGAAGAAAAUUGUAGUUCCUAAAAUUUUAUACUACAUCAGCUUAGGUGGACUGCAAAUUAAUCUACAGAGAAAUAAGGCUACAGGAGGUAUUUUUUAAAUAUACAGUGUAUAUUUUUCUUCAAUAUGCUUUAUUAUCUUCUGUGGAAAAAAAAAGUUCUUAACAAAACACUGUACUUUUUUUCUCUCUGCACUUUUUUUCAUUAGGGAUGACCGAGAGGGCCUAAAUUGGCAUCUUCCUUUUAAAUCUAGACUUUCUGGAAGAGACACGUAUUUUUAAUGAAAUGUUAAACUAAAUUGUUCCAUAUAUAAUGCCAACUGUUUACAAAGUUAAAAAAAAAUCAGGUAAUCUCCCAGUUUGUUUAACUGUUCAGGAACCCUGAGCUUGCCUUCCUGGAGGGCAUCAGCUGCAGGCUUUGGCACUGCUAAGCUGGUGAGGCGUUGAGCGCAGGUGUGCGGUGUAGGGGGUACUGACCAUGGUGGGCACCGCAGCCUGCUUCUGAGUGGCCUCCCUGCUGAAACUACAACGUGGUCAUCACGGCCUUGGCACUUAAGAUCCCUGUAUAAGCUGUCGUCAGUAAGGCAGCCCCUUUCCUUGCAAACAUGCCCAGGUCUUUCUUAAUGAAGAUUUAAAAAGCCAUAUGUUUUCUUACACCUUAACUGAAUGUCUUCCAGCUUAAAAUGUGCAUACGCAUUGACAUAAUUUUAGUAUGACUGGUGACCAAGUUAACUAUGCUUUUUAUAAAAUUCUGGGUCUCUUAAAGGAUGGAGACUGAAUGGUAGCAUCUUGGGGGAAAAAAAGUUUUGUAAAGUUACAGAAUUUUAAAUCCACUUUUGCUUUCAACAGUCCUGGAAAGGAAGUAUCAGAUAGUCAUUUUGACAUUAUAAUUUUAUAUAAUUAGCUGUCAGAUUCAUUUGGUCAGCAGUAUAAACAUGUGUGAAUAAAUAAUCCAUAUACUUUUGUCCUCUA